CUAGAAGAAAUGGACGGUUGUGCUUAUAAUGUACAUUGCAAAAGGUAUUCUGAGUACCGUAUUGUGAUGAAGUUAAUAAUUUUGUCAGAAUUUUGUAUUAAUGGUUGUCAAAUAACACGUAAAGACAUAAUUCCAUUAUUCAACAAAGUUCUCAAAUAUUGAGUAAGAGUUAUAAUAUUAAUUAUACCCAGCAACAAAUAAUUGUACGACAUGCCUUCCAUUUGUGGUGAUACAGUUGAUAUGAAUGCUGCUUCGCAAUCAAAUAUAGUCGAAGGAAUUUCUAGUACCGAUAGUGUUGGUACGCACAGUGACAUUUCUGGGCAUACCACUAUCUCAGGAAGACCUAGAAUGGAUGUAGCUUGCGUUUUAGAUUUACAACAACCAGAACACUUGGCUCAGAGAAGGAGGGCCUUGGAGGAAGUUAGACAAGCGUGUAAUUUAGUCAAUGCUAAUAUGCAUCAUAUACAGUUUGAGAAACUCGAUUUUGGAGAAACAAAUGUACUUGAUACAUUUUACAAUGCAGAUGUAGCUGUCGUUGAUUUGAGUAUUCAAUUACAACAGUCUGCUUUAUUUUAUCAUCUUGGUGUUAGAGAAAGUUUUGGUAUGAAAGAGAAUAUCCUGUUACAUAAUGAUAUGGAUACAGAAACAACUAUCAGACUCAAGUUAUCAUGUGGCAGUUACACAUUCGUUUCAUACCGUGUAGUAGAAUGUGGUUCGUGUGUAGCAACAAACCCAGCAACUACCAGAAUCACUGGUGAUGAAGUAAUAGAUCCAAAACAGCAUCUUACAUUGAAAUUGAAGAAGCUUUUUCAAGAUGUUGAAGUACAAUCUAAAGCGCACAUGAAAGAAAAGUUCCUAGCGGAUUUACGUAAAGCACGUGAAACUUAUUCGGGUGAAGAACUUUCAAAAGCUCUGAACAACAUGCGUAAACGUUUAGAUGAUCCAAACGUUUUAUCGGGAGAGGUUGUACUGAACGUUUUGAUAUCGUUUCGUGAAAUACAGGAUUAUGAUGCAAUGGUACAGCUAGUUGAUGAUCUGAGAACAAUACCGACUCAUAAAAAUUACAUCAAUACUCCCGCUAUACGAUAUUUGUACGCGUUUGCGUUAAAUCGACGGAACAAAGAGGGCGAUCGAGAAAGGGCAUUAAAAGUUAUAGAGAAAGCGUUGGAGAAAAAAGAAAAUCAUGUUCCUGAUAUGUUAUGUUUGUGUGGAAGAAUAUAUAAAGAUAAAUUUGUUGAAAGUAGGCAUACUGAUUCAGAAAGUUUAAAGAACGCAAUUCACUGGUACAGGAAAGGUUUCGAGGUGCAACCGAACGAAUAUGCAGGGAUAAAUCUCGCCACGUUGUUAGUUAUAGCAGGGAAUGAAUUUUCGAAAAGUGAAGAACUGCAACAUAUUGGAAUGAUACUGAAUAAUCUUAUCGGAAAGAAGGGCAGUUUGUCAAGUUUAAAGGAUUAUUGGGACGUAGCCACAUUUUUUGAGAUCAGUGUGCUAGCCGAAGAUUAUUCAAAAGCUAUUCAAGCCGCCGAAUGUAUGUUCAAAUUGAAGCCACCAAACUGGUACCUGAAAUCAACAAUAGGGAACAUAUCGCUGAUAAAUAGAUUUCGUAAAAAGAAUGACGAAGCUGAGGUUUCACCAGAGGAGCAAAUAUUUAGUUUUUGGAUGGACUACUUUGUCGAAGCUACAAAAUCGGAAGUCGGAGAUAGUAUACGGUUUCCACUCCUAGUGCUGGAGCCAACGAAGAUCUUGAUGCCGAGCUACGUGAACGUUAAUUUGGGAGCAGAAGAAAAGUCGGUACAGAUUUGGAAUUUGUGCUUGGAUAAUAUGAAGAAUAGCUGUAAACAAGUUCAUGACUGGUUGUUUACCGCAAACAUGAUACGUAGUGUAAGCUUAUACAAGAGGGACGAGCGUUGCCUUUUUUUAUAUGUUCAUCAAAACUCUGAUGAUUUCCAAAUGUAUUUCCCGUCAGUUCAAUGCAGACAAAGGUUUUACGAUUUAAUAUUGGAAAUGACCAGAGAUCAAGAAGGUAUGGUUACUGACUUGGAUGCUUACAUGACCGAUGAUAGAAUGAAGUUUGAGUACGAGCUCGAUGAUCAAAAUAAACGGAUAAUGCUCGGUAAAGGCACAUACGGCGUCGUUUACGCAGCUCGAGAUCUGAAUACUCAAGUUAGAAUCGCGGUCAAGGAAAUUCGCGAACGAAAUCUGGGAGAUGUGCAACCCUUGCACGAGGAAAUUAAAUUGCAUAGUCAAUUGAGACAUAGAAAUAUUGUUCAGUAUCUUGGUUCCGUAAGCGAAGAUGGAUACUUCAAGAUAUUCAUGGAACAAGUUCCUGGAGGAAGUUUAUCAGCUUUACUUCGGUCAAAAUGGGGUCCUCUGAAAGAAAAUGAAUCUACGAUUGCUUAUUAUACGAAACAGAUUUUAGAAGGUCUAAAGUACCUUCAUGAUCAAAAAAUUGUUCAUCGAGAUAUCAAAGGUGAUAAUGUUCUGGUAAAUACGUAUAGUGGUGUAGUGAAGAUUUCAGACUUUGGCAUGUCAAAACGAUUAGCCGGUUUAUGUCCAAGUACAGAAACGUUUACUGGCACAUUACAGUAUAUGGCACCUGAAGUUAUCGAUAAAGGACAACGUGGUUACGGUGCUCCCGCAGAUAUUUGGUCUUUGGGUUGUACAAUAGUUGAGAUGGCAACUGGGAAGCCACCAUUUAUUGAAUUGGGUUCACCUCAAGCAGCUGUUUUUAAGGUCGGAUAUUACAAAAUACAUCCAGAAAUCCCAUCAGAACUAUCUGAAAGAGCAAAAAGUUUUAUACUGCGUUGCUUUGAACCUAACCCAGACAUAAGGGCAACCGCUGCCGAACUAUUAGAAGAUCCAUUUUUGAACGAAAAAAAGAAAACUAAUCGAUUAGUUGCACCGCCUGAUUUUGGUAGAAGUAUCUCGGUACCUGCUGAUAGACUCGAACGUUCGGGAAAAUCUGACAAAACAAACAAUAAUCAUGCCGCUUCUGCAUCUCCUAUUCAAACUUCACAAUCAGACGAUAGUGUUACAUACAGUGGAGGACUGACAAAGUCAAGCCCACUUAGAGAGCGCAGUCCAGCACACCUUCUGUCUCCCAUCAGAAUGCCCACUGCAACCCUUUCUUUUAACAGUACAAUAGGAAACACACCGUCUAUAGAAACAAGUGAAACCGAUACAUCCGGGGCUUCAAUGACCAGAAGAAGUUCGUCAGGUGGUUUAUUGUCGCCGGAAGUUGAAUUAGGAGGACAACCAGGACAAAAAACUGGUGAAGAACAAGAAGGUUUCUAUUUACUAAAGAAAGAUAGCCAAAGAAGAAUGACACUAACUAGAGUUCUCACGCAAGACGAAGCAAAAAUAUGUGAAGUUUGGAUGAGAGGUAUACAUCAAGCAGAGGGCCAAACUGUUCUUCAAAUGACCCACUUAGUGUUAUUAAUGCGUGCAUUAAGAGAUUACAUCGCGGAGCAAAACCAUGAAGUAAUCGUUACAGCUAUUAGAACGUUAAAAGAGGAGUUAGAUUUCGAUUCUACCGCUAUCAAUCAUCUCAAUUUAGCCAUUUACCUUUUCCAAACUGCAGUGAAUGAAGUUUUACGAAUGCACAGUAUAAAACCUCAUUGGAUGUUUGCAUUGGACAAUUUAGUCAGAAACGCAGUUCAAGCAGCCAUUACUGUACUAUCUCCUGAACUCGGUGCUAAUUUACUUGGUCAAGAACGCGUGCAACCUGGUGGUCAAGGUCCCGAAGAAGGUUCUACGUCCGGUGUGUCUACUGUAAACUCGGUGAAAUCUCAGAAAACCGGUGAUUCUGUCGAUAAUAAAUAUUGGAAGGAAUACAGGGAUCAAAUGGGAUCGUUGAAAAUGGAAAAUAUGAAACUGCUUCAGGAAUUGAUUGAUAGUCAAAAAUUGUAUCAGGGUUUAUUGCAACAAAUUCUUGACGAGCAAAGAGCUCAAGUUAAUACUUUGACAAGACUUUGCGAAAACAUUAAUAAAAGAAUUACGAGACAAGAAUCUGGUUAUAAUUCAUCGAUAUCCGGCAAUACGUUACAACAACCUGUAUCAUUGAUUGUUAGUAAUUCGCAUUCUAGUACAGAUCCAUACGCAGAUCAAGCUCUCGUCGAAUGGUUGCAGAGCCUUCAAAUAGAUGAAGCUACGAUCGAAAGAUUUAUGUAUGAACAAUAUACAUUGGACGAUGUCCUGAAUCAUAUCUCCCGAGAUGAUAUUCGUAGGCUUAAUCUCAGAGGAGGUAUCGAGCUAAGGAUAUGGCAAGCAAUAAUAAACCAUCGGCAAAGUAACAAUUAAAGUUACAGCAAGAGAAGGAGUGAUCGUUAAAUUAUAUAAAACAUUGGAAUUGAUUUUUAUGUUGACGGUUUAUUUUAUGCAGGGUACAAUGUUCGUUCAAAUGCGGUUGUUGCGGUUGAUGAAAAAUGUUAUUACGAGAAUAAAAUACCCGUGUCGUUAGGAAUAUUUCCCGUAGGUCGCGACUACGCGAAUGGUUUUUAAUGCACGAUGAUGUUAUUAGUUUAUCGCGUGGUUCCUAAACAUGGAGUAUUUACUAGUUACAAAACACGUAUGUACAUACAACAGAUUUUGAGUAUGAUAUGUCAGUUCAUAAUUCGGUAUUGUUACAUCCACUGUAAUCGGUUGUAUGUAAAAUUUAUAUUCUCAUUCAACAAUUUAUCAACGAUAUAGAACAUUAAUCUGGCCAAAUUUAGAUUUUUCAAAAUUUUGCAAGAGGAAGAUGUUGUUUACUUGGAAGCUCGGAAACCCAGUAAUUUGGUCCAAUUCUUUUGUCAAUACGUUCUAUUAACUUUCCUGCCAAAGCUGAAAUUGAUAUUAUUAUUAAAAAGAAUAAUACGUGCGCGUAGAAAGUUGUCCUGUAUUUUCGUGUUCUCAUUACUAUAAGUGAUAGCCUUGAAAGAAGCAAAUGCUCGUAGUGCCUUAUGAACCGGUGUAAUAGUACAACUGUAGUUUAUGUGCAAACAUAAAGUAAUGUUUCAUCGCUGUAACUGUAUAUUUCUCAAGAGUAAAUAUUUACAUAAAGUGUCUUCCUAGUUGCACAUAACUGUUUACUCGACAGAGAAGUAUUACGUAACAUACAGUUAUGUAUACGUAUACAUACAUAAAAUGCUUGUUAAAAGUCUGCCUUCAAUUGUGCGCUUAAGAAUUAUCAGUUUUUGUAGAUACAAAUUUUUCUAUAAUAGAUUUUGUGCUUUAUAUACGAUACUUUUGCGAACAGCAAAAAGUUUAUGCUUCUUCUGUAUAUUAUAUAAUCCAUGUCGACUUCCAUCGCAAUAACGCAACAUAAUCAUGCCAGAUAAUUAAUAUAAGUGCCUAAUUUUAUCAGGGAUAGAUAACGAUUUAAUUAUAUCAUAAUAAUUAAGAACAAUUUAGAAGAAUUAGUGGAUCAUUCGUACGGAUGAUACUCUAAUUAUUUCGAACGAUAUGUAUGCUUCUACAAAAUGUCGACUAAUUAGCAUCGAUAAGGAAAACAUUGUGCGCUGAGAUGAUUUUUAAAACGUUUUCACAUUGCUGUUUCAUUGUAUUUGAUAAGAUCAAUUAUAUUGUUAUUUUUAGUAAACUGAAAUUAAUAAUAAAGAUUCCAGCGAACAAGA